AUGAAUAUCAUGUCCUUUAAUAUCAGAGGGUGUGGGAGUGCCAUUAAGAGAAGGCGAUUAAGGAAGAUGAUGGAUAUUGGCCAUGAAGAUAUGGUGUUCUUGCAGGAAACUAAAACCCAAGUGGUGGACUUUAAUUUUGUUAGAAGUCUCUGGGGGGCUGAUGAUUGUGAAUGGUCCUGUAAGGAAUCGGUUGGAGCUUCAGGGGGCAUGAUCAUUAUAUGGAAGAAAGGCAUAAUCAAUCCUAUUUUCAGCUUUAACACUGAGGGUUCGGUGGGCAUUGGAGCAGAGUUUCAAGGUCAGCUAUGUUUCUUUGUGAAUAUCUACUCGUCUUGUCAUAUUGCCGACAAGCGUCUACUCUGGUCUGAAUUGGUGGAACUUAAACAAAAACUCCCGUCGGGGUGGUGGUGCAUGGGGGAGAUUACAAUGCAACUAGAGAUGUCAGUGAAAGAUUUGAUCGAUGAAUGGAAGAUUGGUGGGCAGAAGGUGGGAGAUCGGGACAUUUCAGACCACGCCCCAAUUUGGUUAUCUGUAAACGAUAAGGAUUGGGGGCCCAAACCUUUCCAUGUGAUCAAUUGCUGGUUUGAGGAUAAAGAGUUCAAAACCUUUGCAGAAAGCUCAUGGAAUACCAUUCAUGUGUCGGGAAAUCAAUCUUUUGUGAUGAAAGAAAAGCUUAAGAUUUUCAGAAACAUUCUUAGAAGCUGGAAUAAAGAGAAAUUUGGUUGGCUUUAUCUGAAUAUUCAAGAAGCUUCAAACAAGAUUAACAGGAUGGAUGGUGACUAUCAGGGGUGUAGGGAGGCCAAGGAUGAUCUGUGGAAAAAUCUGCAUCUUAAAGAAAGUCUAUUACGCCAAAAGUCCAGACAGAAAUGGCUGAAGGAGGGAGACCUAAACACAAUAUAUUUUCAUCAUGCAAUCAAAGAAAGAAGGAGGAGAAAUAACAUCGUAGCUGUGAAACUUGAGGAUGAGGAGGAUAGAGGAGCUUUAGAGGCAGAAUUUUCCAGAGAUGAAAUCAAAGCCGCAGUGUGGGAAUCAGAUGGCGAGAAAUGUCCGGGUCCCAAUGGUUUCAAUCUUGGUUUUAUUGAAAAAUGCUGGAACUUUAUGCAGGAGGAUAUCUACAAGUUGGUUAUGGAUUUUCACAAAUCUGCCUCCCUUCCAAAGGCUAUCACUGCCUCUUUCAUAUCUUUGAUCCCAAAAAAUGCCAACCCUCAAUGUCUCAAGGAGUAUCGACCUAUCUGCUUGAUCGGGUGUUUGUACAAGAUUAUUUCGAAAAUCUUGGCUAAUAGAAUCAAGCAGGUAUUAAAUUCAAUAAUUUCUCCAACCCAAUCUGCUUUCGUUCCAGGGAGGCAAAUUCUGGAUGGGGUGUUAGCUCUAAACGAAAUCAUAGACCAUGCAAAAAAAGGGAAGAAAUAG